AUGUCUGAGGAUAUUUAUAACAAUGUGAUCAAGACUGAGUCUGAGAGAAUGAACAGAGAGCGAGUGGAGAUGGCAGUGGUUAUCUAUGAGAGUACAGACUGUAAAUCAAACAGGUACUGUACAAAUACAAACACACUUUCAUUUUUGUCAGAUAAAGAAACAUUUACAGUAUAUUCAUGUCUGUCAUCUCCAGGAAGUGAUUCAGUGAAGACGAGAUUCUCCAGAGCAGCUCCGGUGUGUUUGGUGCUGUUGUGUUUCCUUCUGCUGACUGCAGUCAUAGUGCUGAGUGUCUUCAUCUAUACAAACAACACAAACUACACUGAAGAGAGACGCCAGCUAAUAACUAACAUCACCAACCUCACAGGAGCCAAAGACGAGCUGACAAACCUUCUAUAUGACAAAGACCAACUAAUAAAGUGGCUUCAGAUUUUUGGUCAAGAAGCUGGAUGGUUUUACUAUCAAUCCAGUUUUUACUACUUUUCCAAUGAGACAAAAAGCUGGACUGAGAGCAGAAGAUACUGUAGAGACAAAAGAGCAGACCUGAUCAUCAUAAACAACAAACAGGAACAAGACUUUAUUAUGAAGAUCACUUGUAACAAUGAAUUCUGGAUUGGUCUGACUGACAUUAAAAAAGAGGGCACUUGGAAAUGGGUUGAUGGCAGUAUACUGACCUCUGGGUUCUGGGCUUCCUCUGGAUCAAUAAAUGAGCCCAAUGGAGGGAAAACAGAGAACUGUGCUGUGACCCAUUUAAAAAAGCACCCUGAGUUAAUAGGAUGGCUUGAUGUUACAUGUGAUGAUGCUCAUCAAUGGAUCUGUGAGAAGAAUAUUUGACCAGUUACCAUUUAAGAAACAUAUUUUUUGUUUGUUUUGUUUUAAUAGUUAAAAUUAACGCCAACCCUAAUGAAAAUCUUGUAAAAGCCUUUAGGAUCACUAAAGCAGGGGUUUUUAAUCAUUAGACAAGAUUGACCCUUAGAAAUGGUUAACCUCGUGUGAGGAACACCAAUCCUAAAAAGUAAACUUACUGUAGCCUAUGUGGCACUUAUACAUAUCUUUGGUUAGUCCUGAUAUACUAAGGCUUGAUUUUUUUUCAAUAAUGAGCACCAUUAAUAGCAGAUCUGUAAAAUACACUGCAAAUCUAAGUUCAAGUAUCAAGCAAAACUUUGUGUAAAUUUUUUUUCAUACAAAUCAGCUGGUAUUAUCUUACACAAUUUAUUGACCUAAAUAUAACUUCUAUAACACUGUUGUAGUGUUUAUAAUUUUGAAAGGAUUAUUGUUUUAUACACUGGAAUUCAUUACAAAAUAAAACAUAGUUUACAGCU